GGGCUUGAGAAUGGAAUGGGGCCUGACAGGACACGCGCUCUCAGGUCCCUUCUGCAGCCAGACCCUUCUCAAAUUACUACAGAUUUCCUUUUUCUUUAUAAAAGGUUUUUAAAGGCGCAUGCGCAGUGAAGCUGGUUUUCAUGAUUUCCGUAUGACACAGUCAGACUUUGUCUAAAUAGGACCUUGUUGAUAAAUUUCGUUGUUUAAACCCGUAUGACUAUACUGUUUUCGCUGUCUGCGCAGGUUGUAUAUGCAUCGGUGCAAAUGAAAUAGUCAGAUAUCGGUAAAUAUAAAAUAUAUUUUAAUAAACGAAGCAAUGGCUGCUCCCAAUGCCUUAGUGCUCUUCGGGAUCAUAUCCCUCAUCUUUCUGUGUUGUGUAUACAUAAGGAAUUACAAGAAGGAUUUUAUAGGUCAUUUGCUGCUGAUGGGACGGGGUCUGUUCCUACUCGUCCUGUAUAGUUGGAUCUUGUCCCUGCUCAGGCCGCUGUAUACCCGGCUGAGGUCCUUCUUCCCUUCAUCUCCCACGCCUCAGGCUCGCUCUGAAUAUGAAGAUGUGAGUCAGAACCGAGAGCUGGCCAGGAUAGACCAGCAGGAGAGACACAGUGAGACGGCUUCAACCUAUCAGGAGUCUGUGCUGAAGCCGCGCAAGGAAGCCCGGCUCCGGAAGAAGCAGCGCUACCGCAUGACGGUGGAGGCCUGGAAGCUGACACGGGGACAGCCAUUAGGGGUUGUAGUUUUACCAGAUGAACCACCAGAAAAUGCAGAGGGGGUGGUGAGGGUGGUCCUGAGAUGUCCUGGUGGUGAAAAAAUUCAACGCAAGUUCUUUAAAUCACACAGCUCAAGGGUUCUCCUGGACUGGAUGCUUAAGAGUGGAUUCCCACCACACAUCUAUGCUAUUUGCACCUCUUACCCUCAAAGGCCCCUACGGAUGGAAAAGGACUUGAGCCUGGAAGAUGCUGGCAUUGAGACAGACACGGUCCUCAAUGUGGAAGAGAUGGAGAUCCCCCAGUCUGAGACCCAACAUUUAAGCGACUGAAGGUUUAAGAUGUUACACCUACAGCUAGCUUCUACCUGAGUGAGCCAGUGGUUGGUGUGUCAGAUCUGUGGAUCUCUGCACCACCAAGGACUCUUUUGCAAUACAUGAUGACCUCAUCAGUUGGUUAUUUACUGAGAACUACAGCAGGUCACUGGCCACAGACUGUUAAUGAUCAAAAGUACUUUAAUUGGUUCAAAUACGCCAAAGAUGCAAUCACUUCAUGACAAAUAUACAGAAAAAAGUACAGUAAACAGUAAGAUUUAAACAGUGGGUGGGUGAGAAGGAGGGAAGGUGGGCUCUUUACAUGACAGCAUAUACUCCAGAAGAGGAAGAGGUUUCUCUCUUCAACUAUGCAUUCAUAACAGGAUAGUGUCUGCUGGAGAAAAGUGUGGGGGGUCGAUAAGCUUGUACAUUAAAAAUACCAUAUUUCACA